CUCUUCGACAACGAGGCUCUCAUUUACGACCGACUGCGAAUACUGCGAAGAAACAUCAUACCGAGAUAUCUAGGCCUUACGAGUAUAGCAGGCACGAGACCGCACCUUCUGUCAGACUUAGGAGGCAUGGCAAUGAUCAAGGAAGAGAUGCCGCGGUUUCAAACGACGAAGUGA